CCUAUAAAUUGGAGGCGACUUGGAAAAUCAUCACCAUUGUCUCCGUCUCUCUCUCUUCAAGAGAAAGACCAAAAAAAAAAAAGAAGUAAAAAUAAAAAAAUAAAUAAGAAGAAGAUCUUUCAAAAAAUGGGGAAAUACACGGAGAUGCUGGAUGCAGGCGUGAGAAUAGCGGCGAGAUUUCAUUCUCAUUGUCCUCAGACGGCGCGUCUCUAUUAUCAUCCUCCUUCCGACGGCCACCAUCAUCACGGCGUCACCGAUUUAAUCGGAGGUAGUGUUCUUGGUGGGUCGGGUCAAGAUUCGACCGGUUUGGUUGGUGGGUUAGGAUCCGGAACUGGUGGUUGUGGUCACAAGGCUCCUAAUGGUUAUGAAGACGCUAGGGAUCUCUUGUUGUUCUCUGUUGUUUGAUCGAUUUAUCAGAAAAAAAAAAUUCAUAUAGAAAUAUUAUUAAUUUUUUUUGGUUUGGAGGAGAGAUUUGAUGAGCGAUGUUUGAUUUUUAUUUCUUUUCUGUUGUUUUAUUAUUGAGAAAACUGUUCUUGUGAGGUUUUGUGAUACAUUUAACAAUCUCUGGACUCCAAGUUGGAUGUUGAUGAGAAAUUAAAAUUGAUUAUUUUUUUGUUCUAUUGUUUUUUUUCUUUGGUUGCCGCAUCUUUGGUUUAGCUCCUAA